AUGAGUCCGGGCUUGCCGCUUGCUGAUCCGCACGUUGGCGGCGGCGGCGGCAGCAGCUGCGGUGUAGGAAACGGCGGCGGUUCCGCGGGCCGCACCGCGAUUCCCGGCGCAAUUCCCGGCGUAGGAAACGGCGGUUUUGGUGCGGAAGCAGCCGCUCUGGAGCAACACGACGGGAAUCAAGCAGCGGCUGCGGCGGCUGCUGCUGCGGCUGCUGCCGCUGCGGCGGCGGCGGCGGCGGCUGGGGGAUGGAUGUUGCUCCCUUCAGCUGGUUCUCUUCAUAAUCACCCCGCGUUAUUAUCACCUGCUGCAGCGUCCGUGCAGCACAAUCACCUGCUCGCCUCGUUAAAGUCAAUCGCUGGAAUUCCCGGAAUCUCGCCAGUCGGCGCAUCCCAACCGUCCAUCUCCCUAUCGCACGGUCACUUGCCGUUCCCGUCCCCUUACGCUGGUAACGCCGCGGCGUUAAUUCCGUUUCUUCCCCCCGGUGCUCAUCAUCCAAUCAGCAACCUCCACAUCAGCGGCGGCGCGCAAGGGUUGACUCAUAACAGUUUAGCGUUUGAGGCGUACGUGUCCGCGUUACAGCUGAAUCCGACACACGCUGUAGCGCUGACGCAGUGCGGGGUGCUGUAUAAAGAGGAGGGACAUCUAUUAGAAGCGAUAGAGGCGUAUAGGAAGGCGUUGGAGGCGGAUCCGGGGUGCAAGGAGGCGCAGGAGCAGCUAGCUGUGGUGCUCACAGACCUGGGCACGCGCCUCAAGCUGGGGGGAUCGGUGCAAGAGGGGAUAGCCAAGUAUUAUGAGGCCAUUGCGGCUGACCAGAGAUACGCGCCGGCGUACUACAACCUAGGGGUGGUGUAUUCGGAGAUGGGGCAGUACGAGGCGGCCCUUCAGUUCUACGACAAGGCAGUGGCGCUCAGGCCGCUCUAUGCGGAGGCGCACUGCAACAUGGGCGUCAUCUACAAGAACUGCGGCGAUCUGCACUCGGCUAUUGCGUGCUAUGAGCGGUGUCUGGCAGUGGCGCCUAAUUUCACAAUUGCACGCAACAACAUGGCCAUCGCCCUCACUGACCUGGGCACCAAGGUGAAGCUAGAGGGCGACAUAUCAGCGGGAGUGGCGCACUACAAGCGGGCGCUGCUGUUCAACUCGCACUACGCCGAUGCCAUGUACAACCUGGGCGUGGCCUAUGGCGAGAUGCUCAAAUUCGACAUGGCAGUGGUGAUGUACGAGCUAGCCCUUCAUUUCAAUCCUCAAUGCGCCGAGGCGUGCAACAACCUGGGGGUGAUAUACAAGGACAGAGACAACCUGGACAAGGCCGUGGAGUGCUAUCAGAAGGCGCUGCGCAUCAAGCCCAGCUUCUCCCAGUCGCUCAACAACCUGGGGGUUGUCUACACCGUGCAGGGCAAGAUGGACCUAGCGCUCAACAUGAUUCAAGCUGCCAUUCUCGCCAACCCCGCAUAUGCCGAGGCGUACAACAAUCUGGGUGUGUUGCACAGGGAUGCGGGCAACAUCCCAGCAGCCAUAGAGGCAUACCAGCAGUGCCUCGCUAUCGACCCAGACUCCAGAAAAUGCCGGCCAG